AACCAGUACCACUGCAUGAAUGUUCUCAAGUGUGGUUUCCAUUGUUUGCAGGUGAACUCAGAAGAACAUGCUAAUGCCGAGGGUGAGGCCACUGUGUGGACACACAUCAUCCCUGAAGAAAUUCUGGCAAAGAUCUCAGGAGGGAAGGAAGUUCCUGCAGAAAGUAUCACAGUGUGGAUUGAUCCACUGGACGCCACUCUGGAAUACACAGAAAAUCUCCAGAAGUAUGUCACCACAAUGGUGUGUGUGGCUGUGGACGGGGAUCCUGUUAUAGGUGUGAUUCACAAACCCUUCACCGGGUACACAGCAUGGGGUUUUGUUGGAGAGGGAUCCAAUGUGGUACCUCGUGCUUCCUACAACACAAACUUUCCUAAGGUGAUUGUUUCACGCUCACACUCGGGCAAGGUGGAGAGCUUCGUUCGAGUGGCCUUUGGCAACAAUACAGAAAUGAUACCAGCAGGGGGUGCAGGAUAUAAGGUACUAGCUCUUCUAGACCCCACUGAUGAGGAACAAGAUACGGCCGAUAUUUACAUCCAUGUGACGUACAUCAAAAAAUGGGAUAUCUGUGCGGGUGAUGCCAUCUUGAGGUCUCUUGGUGGUGAAAUGACGACUCUCAAAGGAGAGCAGAUUGAUUACUCUGGGACAGAGGGAAAUAAGGGCGGCCUGCUGGCAAGCAUUAAAACUGACCAUGAAGCAUUGGUGAAAAGACUUCCACCAUGGGAGGAGAACAAACAAUAAUAAAUCACUGCCCAGCCCUGUCCCUAACACUCUCAUUUUCUUCAGUAACACACAGUUGUGUAGACAUAAUGAGGAAAUAAAGAAAAACUUGCGACUGAUCCAACAUAAGUGAAAUGUGUAAUUAUACCUGUAUGAGUCUGAAACCUGUUACAGGUUAUAAACAAAGCAAGUGUGCCUUUGAAACGGUUCUUUCCUAUGUAUUUUGUGACACAUUUAUAGAAUGUUUAAGUGGAAAUUAAGUAAAAAGUGCAGCAUCAAAUCAUGAGGUCACCUUUAUUUUAAUCAUUAAAGAGCAGGUCAUAUCAGAGGUGUAGAUUUUGUCUUAACAGUGUGGGGAGGGGGGUUUUAAAGGGGACUCAAAUAAUACAGCUACUACUAUUAGCGUAGCAACCCCACCCAAUUGCUACUACAAACUAGCCCAAUCACAUUUCGAGGGGGGUUUCCCUGUAAAAAUUGUGUUCCAGGGGGAAAAUACAUGGUUUUCGGUGUGGUUCCUCCGGUAAAAUUCACAUUCCACAGGCUAAAUAUCUUUACGUGAUGUGACAGUAAUUUGAUUUAUUUGAGGUGUAAAUAGACAUAAUGUAAACACAGGCAGAGAUUAUGCAAAUGUAUAGGUAACCUGCAGAAGAUUUGAAAAUAUGAUGACUCAAUGCGGUACAGAGUCAACUCUUUAUUUUGAGGGACAAUAUCUUUAUUUAUCAUGUGCUUUUUUUGAUAAACAACUUUUUACAGACCAUUUACAUUGAAAGAUAGCUACGUUUGUAAAUAUUUCAAAAACCCAUAUGGACCUGCUCUUUAAUAUAUUUAGGUGAACCAGUAGCUUUAUUUUAUUUAAUUUCAUGUUUGUUUUUUUGAGAGUGUUGUUUCCAAAAUUGCUGGUUUAAAUGGUUUUGGGUGAAGAUUUAACUGUGAAUCCAGAGAUAAUUUGAAUGACAUCACUGUGCAUAGCACUGUUUCUCAUAAAGAACUCACUGUUCCCCUAGGUGACGUGUUUUCAGUUCUGUGUAUCAGAUCUCAAUUUGUACUGUUAUACCCUGAUACCUGAAUUGCUGUAUGAUUAGACUACAUAGGUUUAAGCACCACAUGCAAAUAAAAAUAUAUAAUACAAUA